AAUUUUUGGGAUUAUUUCGUGUGUAAUUCGAUUAUUAUCGGUACAAAAAUUUGUUUUACCGGCAGAGGUAGAGUUUCUUAGCGAGCGAGCGAGAAACUAGUGUAAAUUGCAGACUGCAGAGGUGAUGCCUUUCGCAGGCAAGUCGUCGAAGACGUCGCUGUAACGUGACGUUUCGGCCGUUUCUUCGAUUUCCUCCUUCAUUCCGAGCUCCGGAUCAGGUGUAUCUGUGGUGGUGCGGUGGCCGAACCGUCGUGUGUGCGCCAGAUCCAUCGAUUUAACGGGAACACAAAAUAAGAUGCAACGUCGUCUCUCCGUACGUCACGCGUCCGGCCGUGUCGACAAGCUGAUGACACUGAGCGCGAUCGCAAGCAGGAUCGUCGGACGUUAAGACGUUAUGGGAAGAUGGUGAAGCAGCUCAAUUACCUCGGCCACUGGGAGCAUGGGUUCGCAAACGCUGGAGAUCCUGAGGCAGGGCGUCUGGGCGAGCCUAACAGGCGGCUGGUUUUACGAUCCACAUCUCGACAUUUUCUCCAACACGUUCCAUCUCUACAUCUGGCUGUUCCUGCUCUGCCUGCCGUUCACGAUCUACCUGUAUUUCCCUCCUACGUUAUACGUUUGGCUGGCAUAUUGCUCGUCAUUCGUCGCUGUUUUUGGAACAAUAAAGUGUGUAAAUCAUGCUCUGCACUGUGUAUAUGAUACCACCGAAUGUCUAGAAGAACCCAAUCAAACUAUCAGUCAACAGAAGUCGGAGGGCGAGAAGAAAUGGGCGAGCCAUAACAAAUCUAGGGAACAGUCACAAGAUCAAACUAGCCAUGGCAUAGAGCUGCAAGUUUUAAAUGGUAAAACGGACACACCACCUGUAGAAUGUUCAUCACGCAACUCGUUUAUUGAACCAAAUAUACAGAAUUCCGAUGCAGAUAGUAUAACGUCUGAAUAUACUCGGGAUAAAGCUAGCUCGACUAUAGAUUUAAAGGUAGAAAUACAUAGGAAAAACAGUUCGGAAAGCUCGGAAGAAGCUCAACAGCUUAGUAAACCAAUGGUAACCAGCAUCAACGUGCACGAAGCUGAAUUAGUUUCUGCGCAAUAUCACGAACCACGUUCUAAGAAUAUUAUAAAUGAAUGGAAAUUGAAGAGGCAAAAGUGUGUGGUAAUAGCAGAGGAAGAUCGACCGCGUAAAUUAUGUCGACGUUCAUCUGAGGAGUUCAGAAAUCGACAUUCGAAGCAAAGCAAUCUUGGUAAAACGGGAUCCGAAAGCCAGAUAAAGCAAACCAGUUCGUUGGAAUUGACAAAUCAUCGUCAUAUCGGCGACGAUUAUCCAUAUUGGAUGUUAAAUCGGAGCGUUCGCAGACUCAACUCCAAUUCCAUACCAAAAACACGUUUGACGAAUGAUCAUCCACAAAGUUUAGAAAUCAUAUCAAAAAAGGGAGAUACGGACAACAAUAAGAUCUCGUCUCAUCCACAAUCCUUAGAGGUUAUUCCCAAAAAACCGCACCAGCAAUUAGUACAUCCACAAAGUCUCGAAACAAUUGGCGCUACUAGUAAAAACAUAAGUAACACCGACGACAAUAACCUGCCACUUCAUCCCCAGAGUCUUGAAACAAUUAAUACCAAAAAGGUCUUACCACAAAACACACUGAAGAGAAAUCAGCUACAGUUACAACUCUUACCGUAUCUUAGUUUCGGAUCCGAGAUAGUUUAUCCGAUAGCGGAACAGAGUGACGAACAAUUUGCUAAUGAAAGUUCAGAAGAAUUCAGCCUUUGUGAUUCCUACAGUCCAUUACUGACACGAAAAAACAUAAAUGAUGCAAGCGCUACGUCUACUCGAGACAGAAGUCUUAGCGCUGGCAGAUUUGAAGAUAGAUUCUCAAGGUUCAACGACGACAACGGAAUAGAUAAUAACUCUGCAAAUUCUCGAGAUGCUUUAUUAGAAGAGUCCAAAUCUAGAGGAGUUAAAAGGAAAUACAGCAACGCCAAUCAGAACAAUCAUGAGUUUUCGGACGGUGAAAAGAGCAAAGAAAAACAGCGAGAUAAAUCGAAAAACACGGAAGAUCCGCUCAACUCAGGGAGCAUAAUCGGAAUAGAUUGGUUGUUCGAGAGCGGAGAUUGUUCGGGGGAACCGUGGACAAGUAAGAUAUUUUGGACUUUCACUCGCUCUGAUGAUACGGAUACGUCAGAAAGCCUACAGACGGCUAGUACAGAUUAUCUUCAUUCUAAAGAGCCCGAUUCGGGAUCGUCCAGUACAACGACCCUCAGCAUCGAGAACGAGGUAAAGCGGAAUUUGCUGCCACAACUGGAGGUGGACAACACUACCAAGCGUCACCAGGGAGCGAUUCCCAAACAGAGCCGUCCAAAACCCACCGCGCCGGACGCCGCGGACGACAGUAUCGUGCCAAGCGAAGAGCAGCCACGGGGAAAUCUUAAACGUUACAUCCAAGUGCGACGACAAAGAACUAGGAGGCGAGAUACCAAGCUCGAACAAACAAGCGGUUCGAACAACGAAUUGAGUACGUUGCUGCCGAGCCCGGCGUCUCCGUUACUGGCCGCGUUACUAAACAAUUCCGGUCGAGAUCUACCUGGUCAGUCGAACACCACGUCGUCCGAUUUGCGGCUCAGUCGCAAUUCCGAGAAGCGAACUUUUCGGGCCAGGUACGGACGACUAAAACGACAACCCAAUAUAGUUCACCGUGCUAGGUCGCGCAACAUUGCCAGUCGCGAUGAUAACGUUGUGCCGUUAACCGCACUGUUCGGCCUGAUCUCGAGUGGCGAGUGUCAUUUAGCCACUAAUCAGAACGACACUUCGGAAGGAGCGGUGCACUACUUUCGCGACGAUAACGGUCAUUGGUUGGCUUACACCUUCGAUGAGAAAGGUUUAGACGUGACUGCCGCUGCUGCGGCAGCGACAGCGACGCAAAUACCCGCUAAUCCACACAACGAAAAGCUGUUAAAUACCUUACUACGUCAGCAACUCAACCAAAAUAUACAUUAUGAUGCGACUUGGGAACUCGCAGAGUCCCUGAGCAACAGUUAUAGCAGUCUGUCACUCAAUUCUGCUGGUCUGACGGUGAUAAUUGACACGCCACCAGUGCUGUCGAGUCCGGCGAGCAAUCAGACUAAGACACAGAGCUCACCACCAUCAAAUUUGAUCUCCUCGAAUACGGGCAGCUCGAAUCAGUGCACACUCGGCGAAAAUUCGGAGCGCGAGCAGUUCCAUCACACCUUAAUCACGCAUUCAGACUCGAUGGCCGACAGAAAUCGUAGACUGCAAAAUCUACUGGGUAAUCUGAAUCUAAAUCAAUAUCAUUCAGACUUCGGCCGUAUGCCAGUGCUGGCAUUGCCCACGCAGGAACCCGACAUAAACACCAGUCUGUCAUGGAAUCGUUUCGUCGACGGUUUGGAUGGCUCCGAUUCCAAGCCCACACGAACCAGACAUUAUUACAAAUGGAAGAUCGGAAGACUGCCACAUAUUAAAAUACGCUUCGAUCGUCUCGCCUUGCUAGCUCUGCUCGAUCGUAAUUUGACUGUGUUUGAGACCAUCGUUUCCACGUUUCUGGCGGGUGCGGUCGCGGGACUGGGUCUUCUGCUACUGCAACAGGGCUUCUAUCGGGACAUCUUCGCGUUCAUAUUCUGCUUCGUGACAGCCGGCUGCCAGUACUCACUGCUCAAGUCGGUCCAACCCGACGCCGCAUCGCCCACGCACGGCUUCAAUCGCAUCAUAGUAUUCUCUAGGCCCGCGUACUAUAUUCUAUGCUCGAGUCUCAUUUUGAUUUUCAACGAGGUGCUUAGGAACUUUAAAUCGUCCGAUUUUCGGGUAUACGGAUUGCGCGUCGCCGAUUACGAUCUCAUACUGCAAGUGCGAAACAUUCUUCUAAUAUUUCUGCUCUGCUUUCCAAUCAUAUUUUCAUUAGGACUCUUCCCGCAGAUCAACACGUUUCUUAUGUACGUUUGUGAACACCUAGACAUUCAUCUGUUUGGCGGCAACGCGACCACCAGUCUGGUGUCAUCAGUGUACUGUCUGUGUCGCAGCGUCAUCGCAAUUCUUAUUCUUUACGGAUUUGCCUACGGCGCCCUUCUCGAGCCCAAAUCCUCACAGCACAUCUUAUUUUCUAUAUUUAUCGGUCUACUCGUCGCAAUAUCUUAUCAUCUAAGUCGAUCAUCUUCAGAUCCCACUGUGAUUUGGGACAUCCUCAAGACGAAUCUAUGGCCCUUAGAGAUAGGAGAUAGAUACACGGAGGAGAAGGAGGCCAAAAUUAUCGAAAACACGUCGUCAGCACAGACACCUGCAGGUGUGAGUUUCAAGGUGGCCAAGAGCAAAUCGACUGGCAAGAAGAAGGCCGUGAAGAUCAAGGUGAGCGAGCAAAUGUCAGACACUGAGCUGGUGGACCCUUUGCCCGAGAAGUUACGCUCGACUGUGAACUCCAGACUGAAGAACGACCUGAUUGUGUGCACGGUGAUCGGCACUCUAUCUUUUGGAAUUCAUCGUACGACAGUGUUCACCGCUCUGCAACCGGAACUCAACCCGGUGCUAUGGAGUAUCGUGAGCUGCCUGGGCUUUCUUCUGCACUACGUCGUGCCGCAACUACGUAAGCAGCUGCCGUGGCUGUGCCUUUCAAGACCAGUGUUGCGUAGUCAUGAGCACGCACAAUUCGAAGUACGCGAACCGGUGAGGAUCAUGUGGUUCGAGAAGGCUUACGUAUGCCUGUGCUUUCUCGAGCGGAACGUGCUCUAUCCAGUCGUCUUCCUGGGCGCACUCACGGAAUGCUCGUCGAAGAUCGCCGACAAAUUUGGCGAGAGUGUAGGCGCGCUCAUCAUUGUUGUAUGCGGCCUCAAGUCUCUCAGGUCGGCGUAUUCUGACCCGUCCACUCGCUAUCUCGUCCUCGUCUUCGCGGUGCUCUUCUUCCAACUCGACUUCAGAAACUUAAGUGAAACCUUCCUGAUGGAUUACUUCGUCACGGGAAUCGCGUUCGCUAAGAUCUACGAGCUGUUGCUCAAGAUUCGCUUUGUCGUUACGUACAUUGCGCCCUGGCAGAUUACCUGGGGCAGCGCGUUCCACGCGUUUGCCCAGCCCUUCUCCGUGCCGCAUUCGGCGAUGCUCUUCCUCCAGGCCGGGAUCUCUGCUAUGCUCAGCACACCCCUGAAUCCCUUGCUGGGUAGCGCGAUCUUCAUCUCGUCCUACGUGCGACCUGUCAAAUUUUGGGAAAGAGACUACAAGACUAGAAGAGUGGACCAUUCAAACACGCGUAUGUCCUCGCAUCUGGAACGCAAUCUGGGCGCCGACGACAACAAUUUGAACUCAAUAUUUUAUGAGCAACUCACGCGCUCUCUUCAACACAGCUUGUGCGGCGACCUCGCUCUCGGCCGAUGGGGAAACGUGGAGCAAGGCGAUUGUUUUCUGCUCGCGUCGGAUUACUUGAACUGCUUGGUACACAUAGUCCAAUUAGGUAACGGACUGGUGACGUUUCAAUUGAGAGGUCUUGAAUUCCGAGGAACAUAUUGCCAGCAAAGAGAAGUGGAAGCAAUCUCAGAAGGUAUCGAGAAUAAUGACAAUUGCUGCUGCUGCGAAAUGGGCCAUAUGUCGAAUGUACUUAGCGUGAACGCAGCCUUUAGCCAACGUUGGCUCGCCUGGGAAGUUGCCAGCGCCAAAUACGUUCUAGAAGGUUACUCGAUCUCUGACAAUUCGGCAGGUUCUAUGCUACAGGUGUUCGAGUUUCGCAAAGUACUGGUUACUUACUACGUCAAAAGUAUCAUCUUUUACGCCGUGAAAUCAUCCAAGUUGAAGCAGUGGUUAGAAAAUCCAGACAUUAUUCACGCGCUGAAACCCACGCUCGACAAGAACUUCGUCGACCUCGAUCCCGUCUUCAAUGUAAAAAUCGACGAGGAUUUUGAUUUCCGAACGAGUGGCAUCACGCGGAGCAACUUCUGCAAUGUUUACCUCGACUGGAUACAAUAUUGCGCUGGUAAACAAGAUAAGUCGUUGGAUAGAACACGUGAUUCGUAUCUCGUGUCUCUGUGCCUUUCAUUAAGUCUACUGGGAAGACGCGUAUUAGGCGCUGCGUCUCACAACACAUUAUCAAACGUUGAAUUUUUUCUCUAUGGAUUGCACGCGUUAUUUAAAGGAGAUUUCCGGAUAACAUCGUUUCGCGAUGAAUGGGUGCUGCUUGAUGUCGAUCUCUUGCGCAGUGUAGUCGCGAAGGGAAUAAGAAUGGCCUUAAAACUCCACCAGGACCACUUUAUGAGUCCAGAACAGUACGUCGAAUCAGCGGCGCUCUACGAAGCCAUCGACAAUCAUGAUCAGAAUCUUGUUAUCAGUCACGAAGCGGAUCCGCUUUGGAGAAAUGCUGUAUUAAGUGGAGCACCCAGUCUGCUAGCACUCAGACAUGUGCUUGAUGACGGCAUAGACGAGUACAAAGUGAUAAUGCUCAACAAGCGUUACUUGAGCUUCCGAGUGAUCAAAAUGAACCGCGAAUGCGUCCGUGGACUUUGGGCUGGCCAGCAACAGGAACUGGUGUAUCUGAGAAACAGAAAUCCGGAGCGCGGCUCGAUACAGAACGCUAAACAAGCUCUAAGAAAUAUAAUCAACAGUUCUUGUGACCAACCGAUCGGGUAUCCGAUUUACGUCUCUCCUUUGACGACCAGCUACGCUGAGACUAACGAACAUUUGUGCUCGAUAAUCGGAGGGCCAUUGACUUUCGGUACUAUAAAAAGCACUGUGUUGAAACUAUGGAGAAGAAUAAGAAGGAGAUGUGGUCAAGGUUGUUCCUCGGGCGGUACUGGUUCCCAAGAUGAUGGAGGCUUCGGAAAUGAUGGAGUAUACGCGAUGACUACAUACAACAUACACUCUGGCUAUACUCAAUCGGGUCACAACACUUCCGGUUCUCAAUCAAUGGAGUCUGGCUGUCAAAUCGGCGGUUCGACUGGUCGGGGUUCCCUCGGUCGUGCAAAUACGGGUUCUCUCGGUGGUAACAGAGGCUCGCUAGCUUCCGUCGGGAAGCCAACCAGCUCGACACUCGCCAGUUUGGCCGGACUUCUCAGUAAUAAUGAUAUUAAAAUGGAGACGAAGAGCGAGACGAGUUUCUCCAGCAAGCUAGAAAAGGAGGAAGUUUUUCAAAGAGUUCGCAUUAUGGACCCUAAUCAAGUAUAUGACGCCAUUAAUUUGGGUCGACGUAUAGAUGUGAUUUGGCCGGACGAAAGGAUGCGACAGCAAGGUGGUCGUUCCGGCUGGCAACAUUGGGUACCAGAGAGAGGCAUGGAGGGUUGCGUAGUUCAUCGCUGGUCGCCGAAUCAUCGCGACCCCAAUCGACGAUCGCAUGUCGACAAAGUCAUCCUGCUCGUGAAGAUCGAGGACAAGUAUGUGCCCAUAGCCGAACAAGGCGUACGCGAUCUGGGAGCGGAGGUUUAGCAUAACAUCUCCGAAACGCGUCAACACACAGUCAUCAUUUUUGUACACUUGUUCUACCGACCUGCAGACUUGCGGACGUAUUCCAUACGUAUCGACUGCUGGCCAUCAGCAGUCCGAUUUUCACUCGAAAGUCUCGCCUGGCAUCAACAAAACACGUGGAAAUUAAUGUCUAAUGCGAAAUGUAUCAUACUGACAAUGUCGAACACUAGUUACCUACUUCCACGAAGUCAAUACUCGCCAUUAGAUCGUAAAUUGAAGGACUCGGAUCAACGACAUGCUCAAUCACGUGAGAUCCUUAACUUAUUUCGAUUAACAAGUUUCACUGUGGUUACAGUCGCAACGUUUAGCGUCUCGUUUCUCCUACUUUCUUUUCAGGGUAUCGAAGAAUUUGCGAUAUUUUUCACUUAUUUCGCUAUAAGAUUGUCCGUGAAACUUUCUUCGUGUCUUUCUCCUAGCAUGUUGUUGCCGCAAACCCCUUCGAUUUGGUCUCAUUUUUAUUGAUAUUGUACUUAGAAGUUUUACAGAUACGAUUCUAUAAUAUUCCUCGUCAGAUUCAAUGUCCUGUUCUUUUCAUCUUGAUCGUCAUUGAAUCGCUAAAGUUUCGGACAUUUCGAUGCGAAACUCAAAUAUGUUGCAAGAAUUGUAGAGACUGUACAGAGAGAGAGGAGACAGAGAGAUACAUACAAAUAUUUUGUCACCUUGUAAGUACUAUGAAUACAUAUAUUGUUAUUUCUCACGAAUUGCAUGAGAAGAUAAAAUGCCAAUCGCCAAGUUAUUCAAUGCAAUCCGAAUUGUAUCAUGUUGUACCAUAUAUACUGUAUAUUAAAAUAUGAUGAUAUAUUAGUUCAUUUAUGGGACGGAACAGAUGUUACUUGUUGCCCAAUAUAUCUAGAUUAUUUACUAUCGGUUAAUAGAUAGAAAAGGUAGCGUCCGGGCGCAUUCCUCUUCCACUAAUCUGAUGUAAAUGCGAUAUAUAUUUUUUGGCGGUGAAAGAAAGGAUAAAAAGAAAAGAACGAAUCACAAAAUAGAAGUAUAUUAUUUAUGGAUAUGUAAUAAUGUAUCAUAUAGACGAGAGGAAACCUCUUUAAAUGUACUAUUGCUGCAUAGCAAAUACAACAAGUGGCAUCGAUAGGAUUAAUUGUAUAUAAAAGUGUUAUUCGUGUUUUUCUACAUUUUGUUACGAUUCUCUUUUUUAAAAAGUAAGAUCAUUGUAGAUAUAUAAAUUGUAUAUACGUCGUUAUAUGUCGUUCAACGCCGCAUUGUCGCAGACUUUAAAGCGUCCAGGAUCUAUUCUACUUGAGUAUACAUAUAAUUUUGCGGGGUCACAAAGUCGCUCUAGCAGGACAUAUCGGCGUGAACUGAAAUAGCGGUGUCAUCUCGUUCAUUUCCACGUCCGUGCCCAUGUACAAAAGCUCUCGAAUUUGUGCUUGAUAUUACUUAAUUACUCGCAGGAUUGUUAGUCGACAGUGCAUUUACGUCCGAUGGAUAUCUCGUUAGAUAUUAUAUAUUGAUGAUAUCGUAUAUUGAGUGCACUGAUGUAAUAUUCCAUCGGGCAACGAAGUGUAUGUAAUGUUAUCCUUAAGAGAAAGUUACGAAUCGUUUCUUUUUUUCUUCUUUUUCUUCUAAUUUUGUAUAUAAUCUCUGUAAAUCAAUUUCUGCUUCACUUGUUUCCUUAUAAAUGUUAUAUACGAAUUAGAGACGUAGAUACUGGUUAUUUAAAUAAUAAGAAACGCAAGGUUGCUUGCAAAAAAUAUGCUUGAAUCUGAAGCACUUAACUCGUUCGUUCGUUAUCGUGUAG